AUGGCAGACAGACCGAAUCCCCCACUAAGCUACGAGCCCUCGGCCACCACCACCCAUCCUCACGUCGGCUCAUCCUUGCUCCCAGAAGUAGUUGCCUGUCUCAAGAACUCUCGAUAUCUCCAUUUAGCAACAUGUGACGGUCUCACCCCUCACGUCUCCCUCAUGUCAUACACCUACCUCUCCGAAACACCCUUCGACGCCUACCCCGUAAUCAUCAUGACCACCAACCCAUCCUCGAAGAAGACCCUGAACCUAGAAGCGAAUCCGCGAGUUUCAUUGCUCGUUCACGACUGGGUCUCUCAUCGCCCUCCGACCCGCGCUCCAAACGGUCGUGACGGCUCCCCACCGCCAGCAGCAACGCGUUCUUCCCUGGCUAGCUUACUACUCAAUCUAAACACGAGCGCAUUAUCAAGUAUAUCAACUACCAUCACAGGCACAGCGCGAUUUCUGGAAGUCGGGUCCGAGGAAGAAAAAUGGUGCAAAAAUCAGCAUUUGGAGAAUAAUACAUUUGUAGCUGCGCCUAAUGAGGAGAUGCCGUUCGGUCAGCAGCGACGAGGGAGUGGAGUUGCGGAGACGCCUAUGAUUGAUGAUAAUAGUCGUGUGGUUAUAGUGCAGGUCCGGGAGGGGAGGAUUGCGGAUUGGAAGGGUGGUGUGAGGGAUUGGCAGUUGGUUAGGGAUGGUCCUCAAAUUAAUGAGUUUGCACCGCUCAUAUUGAUCAUGCGUCUCGCCCACCUCCACCUCCCAAACAUAACACCCUUCAACACCGUCUCCCAAAUCCAACAAACCCUCACCUUACGCCAUCUCGCCUACAAAAAAGCCGUCUCUACACCAACCUCAACAUCGACAAUACCACCAGACCCAACAAUAAUAACCUUCACGCCCAACCCCGUCUACACAACCGGACGCCGCGACCUCCCACCAUCAAAUACUUCCUCCCCCUCUGAUCCCACCCCAUCCCUCGAAUUAUCGCUUCCACCAUCCCUAGAGCCGAUUCGACAUUUACUCGAUCCCACCCAACCCUCCCCUUCUUCUUCUUCUUCUUCUUCUUCCGGUCAACAGACGAGAAAGGCGGAAUAUCACCCCACUCUCCGCGGCGGACAAACAACCUAUCACGGCCCUGGGCAAUUAGUAGCAUACACAAUCCUCGACUUGAGAAGAUUAGGUCUCUCGCCGAGAUGUCACAUAAGUCUUCUUGAACGAAGCGUAAUCGAUCUUUUGGACAGGUACAGGGUACGAGGGUUUACGACGUCUGACCCGGGCGUAUGGGUUGCGUCCAAGGAUGAUGGGGAGGCGAGAAAGAUUACGGCUGUAGGGGUACAUUUACGGCGUCAUAUAAGUUCAUACGGUAUUGGGCUCAAUGUUACUCAGGAACCGAUGUGGUUCUUUAAACAGAUUGUGGCGUGUGGAUUGGAAGGGAAGGAGGCUACUAGUCUUGAAGGGGAGGGGGUAACGUUUCCGAGCGAAAAGAUGGAAGAGGAGGUUAUGAGUGAGGUUGCGGAUGGGUUUGUGGAUUCGUUUGUGAGGAGGUUGGAGGGUGAUUUUCCGGUUGGGAAGGGUGGGAGGAGGGAUGGUGUUGAGUCGGUUUAUAAGAUUGGGAUCGAGGAUGUCGGACUUGAUUGA